CUGAAGAUAAAGCAAUUAAGUGAGCCCAUAAUAAGCAGAGUUGCUAAUGGAAGUGUAAUGUCUAUCGAUAGGUACGUUGAGGGAAUACAAGCGUACUUCCGGCUCGAAGCAGAGGGGAAGGUGGAACGUGUUCUCCACUCUCUGACUUUCUUGGUGGAAGAUGGCUUGCCUUUCGAUGUCCUACUUGGCACAGAUUGGGGUGAAGCUGCUGGUGCAGACCUAAAGCUAAGAGAACAUGAGUGUUGGCUUCCUAGCUCACGGGGAAAGAAGAAAAAGAUUCGUCUGUACCACGAGUCGGGGAAAGAAAGCAGCUUGGCUCAUUGUUGUAUGAGUGCCCCAGCGUUCGCUCGCCAUGUCAAAAGAUAUAACUUGGAAGAUCAAGUUUUUGUUGCAUAUGUGCGCCCAGUAAAAGAAGGGGAAUCAAAAGAAGAGGCUAAAUCCCAAGCAAUUGAGGCAAUUCUGGAAGAAUUCGCUGACGUGGCCGAGGCCCCAAGCGGUGUUGUUGAGCGGCCUAUCCGCCACCGCAUUGAUAUAAUUCCAGGGAAUGCACCUCCCAAGGGGCCUAUCUACCGAAUGUCGCCACAGGAAUUAGACGAGCUGAGAACUCAGCUUGAUGAAUUGCUGGAGAAAGGAUGGAUUAGACCUAGCUCUUCGCCCUAUGGUGCGCCUGUGUUGUUUGUUCCUAAGAAGGACGGCGGCGUUCGCAUGUGUAUUGACUAUAGACGUCUAAACGAUAUAACUGUAAAGAAUGCUGAGCCAUUGCCUAGAAUCGACGACUUACUGGAUCGUGUGCAGGGAUGCAAAAUCUUUUCUAAGRUUGAUCUGAAAUCCGGCUACCAUCAGAUUGAGCUCGCCGCAAUCGAGGCUGAGGAACAACGCCAGCUGGCAGUCAAGGCUGCCCAGCCACAGGCUGACGAAGCGGCAGCAGCAGAGAAGCUCCAGCUACAGGCCGAAGCAGAUGCAGAUGCCCAGGCUCGCCGCAAGGAAGCCCAGGAUCUGCUGCAGCGGCAUGAAGCCAGCAACAUCGACAGACUAAAGUUCUGGCACUUUGAACCGAAUGGCGACGAGGCAACACCGGAAGAGCAGCAUAAGGAGUUUUUGGCCAAGCUAGUGACCAAGUUGGUUUACACGUGUAACCACCUACAGUCCGAGCUGGCGAACCUCCAGCGGGCUGUGCGAAACCAUAAGACUCAACAUGAGGAUGCCACACGGGCACUGGACGCCCGUGUACACGACUUGGAACAAGUUCCGCCAAGACCAGAUGCUUGGGCUUCCAGCAGUGCAUCCUCUAGCCACCAACUGGAGGAACUCGUUGACCACGUAGUGGCAAUGCUCGGCGACAUCAGCACCCUCGCUGCGCCGACCACCAUCAGCAGUCAGCUGCAUACCUUGAAGACCGAGUUCCAGCAGCUGCAGUCGAAGAACGCGGAUGGCAAUCCGAAGUUGUACAAGAUGCCAACUUUCCAACUGGACAGGUUCGACGACUACACGCAGCAGGAUCCGGUCCUCUGGUGGGAAGCAUUCACAACGCAACUCAGGAUUCUGCCCGUCGCCAAGCACGCGUACAUCGGCGCCCUGUUCAUGAACUCAAAGGGCGGAUGCCAGACCUGGUUGACCCACCUGGCAACCUCCCACGACGUCGACGUACCGGACUUGAAGGACAAAAUCACAUGGGAGGAACUGACACGGUUGUGGAAGAAGCGGUUCAUCGUCGACGACGCGCCAGCACUCGCCAUCAACCUUUUGUCCACCAUGUCACAGGGCAACACCGCAACACGGGAUUGGCUCACGGAGUGGCAGAAGAUUGCGGCAGUGCCCAACCUGGACUUGCCAUUCAUGCAUUUACGUCGUGAGUUCUACAACAGGUCCUGUGCUGAUUUGAGCCAGGCUCUUGGUGACCGCGAGCAGUACUCAACCUUCGCUGAGAUCAUUGACAAGGCGAGGGUAAUCAUCAAGACCAACACGUCAGCUGCACACGAGAAGUCAACAUGGCAGCCGACCUAUGUGGAGAAGGUACGAACUGGUCCGCAACAGCAGCACUUUGCUGCAGUCCAAUCAGAUAGUGGAGAUAACCCAGCAGCCACUCCAGCAUCAAGUGACGGAGAUCAGGUGGCUGCUGUCCAGCCGCGAAGCAACAACAAGUCCCGCAACAAUGGGAAGGCGAAAUCCGCAUCGCAGGCCGGAAAUGGACAGCCAUUACAAGUUCCAUGGGUCAAGUUCGGCUUGACCGAGGCGGAGUACAAGGUCCGCGGCCGCUACAGCAGCUGCUAUUGGUGCAACAGCACCAAGCAUAAGACCUCCCUCUGCCAGGAUCAGGGCAAGGAGGAUGAUUCCUUGCACACUUCAGUACCGACUUCGUUGAUGGACGCCGGAGUAGAGGUUGUCGACCUUCACGUCUACAUUGCGAAGAUCGACCACGAGUUCAAGACGCAACGCGGAGCAUCUCGGAACUACAUCAGCCAAGACUUCAUGGUGCGCGCCGGCCUUGGCCCACGCGUCCGGAGGAAGCCCCAGCCUACGCAAGUCACAUUGGCAGACGGUCACAUGCACAAGUCAAUCGACCGGUGCAUUGACAGCGUCCCAGUGUACUUUGCCCCUCACGCAAGUGAGGCGGUGUCCUUUGACAUUCUGGACACCAAAUUCGACAUGAUCUUGGGCAUGUCAUGGCUGCGAAGCAAGUAUCACCCGGUGAACUUCUUCAACCGCACCGUUCACGUUCGUGACCGGAACGGAGUAUUAGUUCCAUGCACGGUGCCUCUUCCUCAUCCUUCGAUCAGCUGCCACGUGGUAUCCGCCGCAAGCAUGCGAGCUUCCAUCAUCAGAGACGACAUCGAGGAGAUGGGGAUAUGUUUUCUCCACGCCUUCCUGCCCCAUGACGCUUCAUCGACGGACUCACCUUCGGAUCCACGCAUCACCGAGCUUCUCGACGCCUACAGCGACGUGUUCGAAGGCCCGCACGGAGUAGUACCAGAUCGGCCCAUCCGCCACGAGAUCAUCCUCGAGGACGRGGCCGUACCUCCACGCGGUUGCAUCUACCAAAUGAGCGAGGAAGAGUUAAGUGUGCUUCGAGCACAACUCGACGACCUUCUGGAGAAAGGCUGGAUUCGGCCUAGCUCAUCGCCAUACGUGCCUCCCAUCAACUCGCUUGAUGAUGCAAGGAAGAAGGAGCUGCUCGCAUUCGUAAUGACUCUCAAGCGAUGGCGGCACUUCCUCCCUGGGCGUCGUAGGUUCACAUGGGUUAUGGACAACAAUCCAUUAACUUACUACAAGACGCACGAUACGGUGAGCAGCACGAUCGGACGAUGGAUGUACUUCAGCGACCAGUUUGACUUCACACCGAAACAUCUUCCCGGCCUCUCAAAUCACGCAGCAGAUGCACUCUCGCGAAGACCUGAUCUUUGCGCUAUGACACAUCAUGCCUUCGCAUUCGACGAGGAGCUUCAGCGACAUUCAUCCGGGCAUACGAGUCUGAUCCGGACUUCGCCACGUUGUAUGCACAACUAUCUUCGGAUCACCCGCCGGCCAGCCACUAUCGCAUUGCCGACGGGUACUUGCUCCUCCACUCGAGAGGCAAGGACUUACUAUGUGUCCCACGCGACCGCCGUCUUCGGACUCGCCUCCUCGGCGAGUAUUAUGAUUCGCGACUCGCCGGCCAUUUCGGAGUCAACCGCACUAUUGCACGACUUCGACAGCGAUUCCGAUGGCCCGAUCUCAUUACCGACGUCACUCCGUAUUGCGACUCUUACGAAGUUUGCCGACGCAGCAAGCCCCACAACUGCAAUCCCUACGGCGAGUUACGCCCGAUGCCUAUCCCACGGAAAGUUGGUCUCUCCAUUGCCAUGGACGUCACCGAUCGGGGUUGACUGCCUCCCCGACAUCGAGUUCGCCUACAACACUUCGGUGCAUCCGGCGGUCGGCGUGACUCCAUUCGAGUUCCACCACGGUGGACGGAAACGCCGGAUCUUCGCCGACCUUCUCCUCCCUCGACCAGCCGACAUUGACGCUGCGUGCUCUCCCGCUUCCGUCCGGAAGUACAGGGAAUUGCUGACUCAAGCCCGCGCAAACAUGCAAAAGGCUCAAGUCCCCAUGCAGCAGCAAGCCAACAGGCGUCGCGUACCAUGUCCCAUCCGUGCCGGUGAUCUGGUUUGGGUCUCCGUGGAAGAGUUUGCACUGGAACAGGACGUUUCACGCAAACUGCUUCCCAAGUGGUUUGGACCUUGGUCUGCGACAGCAGCCGCGGGCGAUGAGCCCGAUGGCCCUUCAUUUGUGAUCAACAUUCCAGAGCAUCUGACGAUCCAUCCGGUCUUCCACGCCUCGAAGCUGGCAACAUACACGCCAGCCAAGAGCGACGACUUUCCGGGCCGAGGAUUGCAGGACCCUCCUUCUAUGGAUGGUCAUCAGGAAGUUGACCGCGUCAUCACCGAUCGCAAGUACGUCAGCAAGCCGCAACAGUACAAAGUCACAUUCAAAGCAUGUGAUCGCGACGACACUCGGUGGAUUUCAAGCGCAGAUUUGAAAGCAUCCGCACCGCUGAUCUACGCGCAUUAUGAAAAGCGGAGGUUAGCUCAGGAAGCUUCACAACCAGCCCCUCCCACCCGGACUGUGGUCCCUCCCUCAGACAGACAGCUUCGCUCUCGCAGGUAAGCUCGGUUCUUCCAGGAGGGGGGGUGUGGCAUACUGCGUAGCCACACGGGCCCUGCAGGGCCCGUCCCGGACAUUCAGCCUAAAAGCCUAAAAC